AUGUCGAAGAAACGAAAGUGGAAUGACGAAUAUGUUAACUUUGGCUUCACCUGUGCUACAGAGAAGGAUGGAACACAACGUCCACAGUGUAUCCUGUGCAUCACACUCUUCUCUAAUGCGAAUUUGAAACCAUCAAAGCUUGACGAACAUUUCAAGAACAAACAUGAUGGUAGGGAUGCAGGAAAUGAUAUUGUGACAUUAAGGGACAAAAGAGCUAGGUUUGAUCAGGUUGGCACAUUGCCGACAUAUGGAUUUUCACCAACAGAGAAACCUUUACCGCGUGCUUCAUAUGAAAUUGCAUACCAUAUUGCUAAAUCAAAGAAACCCCAUACAGUUGGUGAGGAAUUGAUCAAACCAUGUGCCCUUGAAAUGGCAAAGAUUGUUCUCGGCAAGGAAGCUGAGAAGAAACUCCAAGUGUCUGUGUCAAAUGAUGUGAUCCAUAACCGAAUCAUCGACAUGAGUGGUGACAUCCUGGAACAAGUUGUAGCUGACAUCAAGGAUAGUCCAGUCAAGAUUAGCCUACAAGUUGAUGAAUCAACAGAUGUAUCCAACUGUUGUCAGCUAUUGGCAGUAGUUCGCUACGUGAAAGAAAAAAAGGUGGAAGAAAGUUUUCUCUUCUGUCAGUCCCUGAAGACAAUUGCACAGGCUAAAGAUGUGUUUAAUAAUAUGCAAGGAUUCUUCUAA